AUGGGGGAGAAGUAUGGGAAGGGCCACCAUGCCGUGCUCAAUAAAGGAGAGGAGAAUGAGAUGGAGAUUUUUGGUUAUCGGACAGAAGGCUGCCGGAAGACCCUGUGCAUUGCGGGCUAUGUGUUUUCCUGUGGGAUCCUGCCAUUGGUAUUUUACUGGCGACCAGCCUGGGACGUGUGGGCCAACUGUAUCCCGUGUACUUUGAGAGAAGCCGAUGUCGUCCUCCUGAGGACCACGGAUGAAUUUCAAAUAUAUUCUCGAAAAAAGGUCAUGUGGAUCUACUUGUCAGCCCUGGACAGCUCCGUGGGCCUCACCCCAGACCAUCCCCUCAUUGCUGAUGAGGAUUGCAUCAUAAACCGAGCCAUCAUGAAGCCUGAUUUAAAGGUGAGGUGUAUUCAGGUGCAGAAGAUCAGGUAUGUUUGGAACAACUCAGAAGAGCAGUUCCAGAAGGUUGGUUGCCUGGAGGACUGGUUCACUUCCGCCAAGAUCCACCUGAAGUUUGGAUCCGGCCUGACCAGAGAAGAGCAAGAGAUUCGAAGGUUAAUAUGUGGGCCAAAUGCCAUUGAUGUGGAAAUCACACCCAUUUGGAAACUUCUCAUCAAAGAGGUUCUCAACCCAUUCUACGUGUUCCAGCUCUUUAGCGUCUGCCUGUGGUUCAGUGAGGACUACAAGGAGUAUGCUGUCGCCAUCAUCAUCAUGUCCAUCAUCUCUAUCACCUUAACUGUGUAUGACCUCAGAGAGCAAUCCAUAAAGCUCCACCGAUUAGUUGAAUCUCAUAAUAGCAUCCUGGUCACUGUGUGCAGGAGAAAAGAAGACAUCCAAGAGGUAGAAUCCCGCCGCCUGGUCCCUGGCGAUUUAUUAUCACUGAGUGGGAACAAAAUGCAGCUGCCGUGUGAUGCUAUUCUCAUCGAUGGGGGAUGCGUCGUGAAUGAAAGCAUGCUGACAGGGGAGAGUAUUCCUGUCAUCAAAACAGCCCUGCCCAAGGUGGGGGACACCAUGCCCUGGAAGCUGCAUGGCCAAGAGGACUAUAAGAGGCACGUUCUCUUCUGUGGCACUGAGGUCAUCCAGACCAAAUCAGCUGGCUCCGGAACAGUGAGGGCUGUUGUCCUUCAGACUGGUUUCAACACUGCAAAGGGGGACCUAGUGAGGUCUAUCCUCUACCCAAAGCCAGUGAAUUUCCGGCUCUACAGAGAUGCUGUCAGGUUCCUUCUGUGCCUCAUCGGGACGGCCACCAUCGGCAUGGUCUACACCGUGUGUGUUUAUGUGCUCAGUGGUGAGCCUGCAGAAGAUGUUGUGAAGAAGGCCUUAGAUGUCAUUACCAUUGCUGUCCCCCCUGCGCUGCCUGCUGCCCUGACAACAGGAAUCAUUUAUGCCCAGCGGAGGCUGAAAAAAAAUGGCAUCUUCUGCAUCAGUCCCCAGAGGAUCAACAUCUGUGGCCAGCUCAACCUUGUCUGCUUUGACAAGACUGGUACCUUAACCAAGGAUGGUUUGGAUCUCUGGGGUGUGGUCCCUUCUGAUAGAAAUGGUUUCCAGGAGGUCCACAGCUUCUCCUCUGGCAGCGCUCUGCCCUGGGGGCCCCUUUGUGGGGCCAUGGCCAGUUGCCACUCCCUCAUCGUUCUAGAUGGGACCAUUCAAGGAGACCCUCUGGAUGUCAAGAUGUUUGAAGCCACCAAGUGGGAAAUAGAGAUCUCUGGGAAAGAUUUCCACAUCAGAGGAGUCCCGACGCAAGCCAUCAUCGUGAAGCCAAACCAAGCAUCCUGUCAAAUCCCAGUGGGAGGGAUGGCCAUCUUGCACCAGUUUCCAUUCUCAUCGGCCCUGCAGAGGAUGUCCGUCAUUGUGCAGGAGAUGGAAGGCGACCAGAUGGUCUUCAUGAAGGGGGCACCAGAAAGGGUGGCUAGCUUUUGCCAGCCUGACACUGUGCCAAGCAAUUUUACCAGUGAACUCCAGGUUUACACCACACAGGGCUUUCGGGUUAUUGGAUUGGCUUACAAAAGGCUGGAGGCUUAUCACCAUAUCACUGCCUUGACAAGGGAGAAGGUGGAAUCAGACCUGAUAUUCCUGGGACUCCUUAUCUUGGAGAAUAGCCUGAAGGAAGAGACCAAGCCAGUCUUGGAGGAGCUCACUUCUGCCCACAUCCGGACAGUGAUGGUCACAGGUGACAACCUGCAGACUGCAGUCACUGUGGCCAAGAAAUCAGGGAUGAUUGCUGAAAACUUGAGAGUCAUCCUCAUCGAAGCCAAUGAAGCUUCUGGAUCCUCUCCAGCCUCGGUCACUUGGAAACUUGUAGAAGACAGAAAAUAUCUUAGCUACAGACACCAGGACAAUUAUAUUAACAUUGGGGAAGAUGCCAGCCAAGUCAGAGAUGAAGAAGGAAGUUUUCACUUUGCCAUGACUGGGAAAUCCUAUCAGGUGAUAAGCCAACAUUUCAGCAGUCUGCUGCCAAAAAUCCUGAUCAAUGCGACGGUUUUUGCCAGAAUGUCUCCCGGGCAGAAAUCCAGUCUGGUCGAAGAGUUUCAGAAGCUGGAUUACUUUGUAGGUAUGUGUGGCGAUGGAGCGAAUGACUGCGGGGCUUUGAAAAUGGCUCACGUGGGCAUCUCCCUGUCGGAACAAGAGGCCUCGGUGGCUUCCCCCUUCACCUCGAAGGCCUCCAAUAUAGAAUGCGUGCCCCGCCUCAUCAAGGAAGGGCGUGCGGCUCUGGUCACCUCAUUCUGCAUGUUCAAAUACAUGGCCCUCUACAGCAUGAUCCAGUAUAUCGGAGUUCUUCUGCUCUACUGGAAAACAAACAGCCUUUCCAAUUACCAGUUCUUAUUCCAGGAUCUGGCCAUCACUACCCUCAUUGGGAUAACAAUGAGUUUGAAUGGUGCCUACCCCAAGCUGGUUCCUUACAGACCCCCAGGCAGGCUCAUCUCCCCUCCUCUGCUCUUAUCUGUGCUCCUCAAUGUGCUUUUCAGCCUGGUCAUGCACAUGUUGGGUUUCAUUCUUGUUCGGCAGCAGCCCUGGUACUCUGCUACUGAUGUCUUCAGUGCCUGUUCCCUGCCGAGAGCCAACAUCUCCAGGACAACGGCUUCACCGAUGAUACCAGGGAAGGCUGAUCCUGACAACUUCACCAGUUAUGAGAACACCACAAUCUGGUUCUUGGGGACCCUCAAUUGUAUCAUUGUCGCACUGGUGUUUUCCAAAGGAAAGCCUUUCAGGCAGCCUAUUUAUACCAACUAUAUCUUUGUCUUUGUGCUGGCGAUCCAGAUGGGGGUGUGUCUCUUCCUCCUCUUUGCAAACAUACCUGGUCUCUAUCAUCGGAUGGAUCUCAUCUGCACACCCACUUCUUGGAGGAUCUACCUUGUCAUUAUGCUUGCUGUCAAUCUGAUUCUGUCCCUGGUUGUGGAGGAGGCCAUCAUUGAAAAUCGAGCCCUUUGGCUGGCCAUCAAGCGAGUUUUUGGAUAUCAGUCCAAAAGUCAGUACAGAAAAUGGCAGAGGGUGGUUGCCAGUGAGGCAGCCUGGCCACCCCUGAACCACACUUCCUACUCUGACAGGCCAGAGAGUGCCAGAGGGGUGUCUUAUAGUAACCCUGUGUUCGAGAGCCAUGAAGAAACUUCAUGAAGGAUGACACAUCAUGGGGGUCUGGAGUCAAUAUGGCCCAACAAGACAGAAAGGGAUAAAUGGACAGACUUUAGGAACUGUUAAACAGUUCCUUCCCCAGAAAGUUCCUUCCCGUUGAAACUAGAGGUUUUGAUGAACAGAUCAAAUCAUGAUUAUCAAUUAAAGUC